AUGUCUUUCGUCCUGGCAGUGCUGAAUGAUUGCCCCUUAAAGACUAACAACAUAAUUGCUGGCCUUGGCCUUGAACAAUUAAAGGAAGUAAAGAACCAAACCAGAACUGAUUGGCUCAUGUAUGAAGAAAGUGUUAAACACGUACCUGAUUUUAGUCGUGUUCUAUUUCUAUGUCCAGAUUUCAGCAAGAAUCAGAAAGCCUUUGUCAGGAAUUUCACUCUAUCAUUCAUAGUGGGUGAUAAAGUGACUUUAGUUCAAAUGGAGCAGUAUGAAAUUCUAGAACAGAUUGGCAAAGGUGCAUUUGGUUCUGCCCUGCUGGUGAGGCAUAAGCACGAAAAGAAAAAGUAUGUCCUUAAAAAGAUUCGUCUUGCUCGCCAAACUGACAGAACCCGUAGAUCUGCCCACCAGGAGAUGGAGCUUAUAUCCAGAGUUCGAAAUCCAUUUAUUGUCGAGUAUAAAGAUUCCUGGGUAGAAAAGGGUUGUUUUGUAUGUAUCAUCAUUGGCUAUUGUGAAGGAGGGGAUAUGGCUGAAGCUAUAAAAAAGGCUAAUGGUGUUAGCUUUCCUGAAGAGAAACUUUGCAAGUGGCUCGUUCAGUUGCUGAUGGCUCUUGAUUAUUUGCAUGUAAAUCAUAUUCUUCAUCGUGACGUCAAGUGUUCAAAUAUAUUCUUGACGAAAGAUAAAGAUAUACGUCUAGGGGACUUUGGUCUUGCUAAAAUGUUGACAUCUGAUGAUCUUGCUUCCUCAGUUGUUGGGACUCCAAGUUAUAUGUGCCCAGAGCUUCUUGCUGAUAUACCCUAUGGCUCUAAAUCAGAUAUCUGGUCUUUGGGUAGGAUAGAUUGCAUUCAUACUCCUGAGAUUGGCUAA